UGCACUCACUACCACUGAAGAGCUGAGAGGGCUGAGAGGGCUGAAGCUACUGAAGCUACCGAUUUGGCGGAGAAAAGUGAAGAUUGGAGUGCACACCUCAUGGAGAGCGACAAACUUCUCCCGAGCACCUCUGGACGGGGCGUGCUCCCUACGAGCUACGUCGACAAUGGCAACAGCAACAACUCCUCAGCCCUGUCGCAAGUCGGGAGCGGGGGCAGCAUCGCGGGCAGCAGCAGUGCCCCCCCCCUCCCGGGGCGCAGAGGCGGCCAUCUCCGGAAGAAGCCGACUAGGGGGGUCACGCGCCAGGAGGGACACUUGUCGCUUGAUGCCAUUUGGAGCGCCUCGGAAGUCGCCACCGCCAUCAGCCGAGACCUGGUUGAGAAGGCGGAGCGGUGGAAGCUGCUGGGCGGAGAGCCCUUAACGGGAUCCCCCGCACGGUUCGCUCACGAGGACCGGUCCCAGCUACCGGAGGUGCAGCCGCUGCUGGCGCACGACGUAGACAAGCACGAGGUGGCGUCUAUUUACGUGAAGGACGCCCUCGCCGGCAGGGAGAGCCCGACCUGCAUGCACAACCAAAACUCUCUCCGUGCAUUGAAGCUUGUCCGGAAUAAGGCAUGGAACCAGCUGUUGAACAUAUGCACGAUCGUACACCUCAUGCUGCCGAUAGUGGAGAUUCAGAGGUGUCUGCCUUGCAUGGGCAUGCAGAAGAUACCCGAAUCCCUCGAUUCGAACUCUUUACACACAGGGUGGCGGCCGACCUUGCUGGGAUCGAUGUGGCUGGAGUGCUUGCUGUGUCUCCUCUACGUGUACGACCUGUACAAAGUCGCGCUCGCCAGCAACCACGUGCACAAGCGCUCGCACAGAGGCGGCGGAAGCGACAGGGACGGGGACAGGGAUAUCGGCGUGUCGAAGGGUGAGGGUGCCAAGGCGUCGUCGUGGCAUUCGUCUCUUGCCAGGCUUCCCCCGUGGCAGCUGGCGCGGACGUGCAUGGUGGCUCUCUUGGCCUUCGGUCUCCUCACCAACAUCUUCGCACACUACGCCUUCAAAAUCACGUGGCACAGAUGGAGCCGCGUCACACUGCCGUUUCUCUUCAUCAGCCGACGGACAUACCUCAAGCACUUCGUCGGUGGAGUGAUCAGGGUUCUGCCCAGGAUGCUGCCGGUGGUCUUCCUCAUGUCCUUCGUGGUGUUCUUCUACGCCUUCAUUGGCUACAUCCUCUACCGGGACGAACCGCGAACUUCAAGCCUCCUGCAGGACCUGGACCUCUUCAGCCAGCCCUCAUCCUCUGCGAUGACCUUCCUGCGCAUGUUCACCUCCAUUCCCUUCAUGCUGGACGUCGAGCACAUCUACGCAGGGACAAAGGGCAUCCGCGUGAUGGGCCUGUCGUACGGCGUGAUCAUGGUCAUCUUCCUGGGGGCGCUGGUGCCUGCUGUUGCCAAUCGCAACUUCCAGCACCACUACAACUGGGUGAAGGAGCAGCGUAGGCUUGCCCUAACCCGCGCGUUCAUGCUGCUGAGGCGGGAGGAAGACGGGACCGUUGGUCGGGAAGACUGGGUGCGGCUCAUGGCCUGUCUCCGCCCUGACUGCAACGCUGGGCACACAUCGGCUUUAUUCGAUGCGGCGAAGAAGGCAGACGACGAGACGGUUUCCUUCGGCGGAGAGGACGACCGCAACAGGCUGUCGAAGGGGGGAUUCUUCAUGCUCUGCGCGCUCGGCACGGCCAGCUUCUCUCGGGCUCGCAAGGACGAUGCCGGCAGCAGGCGAUCCGGGUCGAAGUGGAAGCGGAUCCGACAACGUCUGGACGCCGCUUUGUCGUGGAGCAUGCCGGGAAGCAACUUCCCUCUGAGCAGGCAGGUGCUGAACGUGGCAGUAGUGGUUCAAGGGUACCAGAUCGUUCUGGAAGGAGACGACCCGGAGGGGCGACCGACAUGGGCCUACCCCCUGGGAGGCUUUUUGAUCGCCUACUUCUGCGUGCAGGCGUCGUUGCGGAUGAUCGUAGACGGGGCUCGGCUGUACAUUAUGCAGUGGAGGCAUGCACUCGGGAUGUGUCUGAACCUGAUCGGCGUGACGUACUACAUGGGGCUCUGGUUCGACGGAACGGGGUGGCACAGCUUUUACAAGAUCCUGCAGGCGUCCCGCGUCGUCAUUCUUUGGAACGUUCUCCACCGGCUAGGCUCUACCAGCUCGGAGGUAGCGAGGCGGCUAGAGUUCGUGUUUCCGGCGGUGCUGCGAGCGUCUUUCGUCCUCUUCUCGGUGACGUACUCGUACUCGGUCUUGGCCUUCGACAUGUACUGCGCAACGCCGCUGGGGGUCGAGCCCGUCGACAGCGUGGCGGACCACAGCAUGAUGCAGAGGUGGGCGUAUUACAAGGACGUGCUGUCAUUCGCCUCGUUGCACCAGUCCUUCGCCGCGAUGACCGACAUCGUCAUGCUGAGCAAUUGGCCGCUUUUCAUGGACGCGGCAGGGGACGUGGGUAACGUCGUUACGGCAAAGAUAUUCUUCUACUCCUUCAAGGUGCUCACGUUCUACUUUGUCAUGCCGGUGAUGCUCGGAUUUAUCGUCCAGAGCUACAUGGCGGCCCACAUUCCAGGCGCGGAUUCCGCGAACAACAAGCCGGCCUUGUCUUCCUCCUCACGCGCCAUCCCCCAUUCGCUGUCGUUCAGCCGGAGGUCACCCAGAGACGGAGGAGGCAGGGGCGGGGCGGAAGACGGCAGAGGGGGGCCGGCAAGCCCGUUGUCAUCUAGGGUCAAGUCGGUUUUGGAGACAACAGGAGCAUCUAGCAUCAGGACUAUUGGGGAGACAGGAGGAGGAGGAGGAGGAGGAGGAGGAGGAGCAUCGAGGUCAACUGGGGAGUUAGGAGGGGCAGGGCCGGCUGCCUCUCCGUCUUCGAGUGGUAGGUCCUACGGAGAUGGUGCGGAGGGCGCGGCUAGCGGCGGUGCCGUUGGCGACAUGGCCGGAAGCAGGAGCCGGAAGGCUACCCCCAAGGCCCGAACUGUUGGCAAUGAUGGCGCCAGCACCAUCUUGGAUGGAAGCCAGUUUGCGACUCUCGCAGGCGAUGCGGUCGACGUCGACACGUUGCUGGAACAGGGGGCCCACGGCUACGGAGGUAGCGAUAGAGGCGGUGAGGACGGCAAUGGGGAAGAUUGUGGUCUGGAUGAUGACGACGGAUCCUUUUCGUCCGACGAAAGCAGCGCGCCGGUGGUGGUCACUUCCCAUGCUCGGUCGAUGUCGUCAACUUUCUGGGGUGCGGAGCAGGAGAAAGACCAUCAACGGCGCGGCUCAUUGCAGGCAUCUACGGAGAUGCAGGAGAACUUGAAUCGUGUGGAAGCGGAGAACGCCAGCCUGCGCGCGUUGGUGGACAGCAUGCAGAUGGACCUGCAAAUGGCCAACGCCAGGCUCUACGACGAGAUGCAGACGAAAAGCAGGGACCGCAGCCCGUCCCCGGGAAGGACGCCUUCACGGCGAGGGAGCGGGGUCGACGCGUCUGCACACCCAGGAAAACCACCCUUGCCGUUGUCGUUCAUCUCUCCGGAUUCGGUGGCUCCUCCCCGGAAGCGCGCCGGCUCUGGGACGAGCUCGCUGGGGGGCAUGGAAGCUAUCGCAGAGAUUGAGGACGAGGAAGUCGGCAUCGUCUAAUUGUUGUCGAAUCUGCCGAGGGGAAGUUACCAGGCGGUUGGUUGCUCGUGGUUUUGCGUGUAAGGUGGCUUCGGAUCGGGUGUUUGUGUGAAAGGGCUUUUGUCUGGUGGUUGUUUGUUUGGUUUUUCGCUGUCGACGUCUGCUGGUCGGGUGGUGCGUAUGUGGUUUCAAGGGCGUAGGCCGGCUGAACAACUGGGCGCCUGAACUGGCCGAAAUCGACCAAUCCAUCAUGAUACUCGCGUUGGUUGUUGUUCCACCGGCCUUGCCCGACUAGUCCACUCUGUUAGCCCUGUAAAGGUGGUCUGCUUCCUCUUAAUUGGUUGGUUGGCUUGCUUCGUAUCAUCCCGCGGGUUGGGUGCUGAGUUGGGUUACGCGGCCGUCUUGUUUCGUUUGGAGUUGGCCGGUUCCGGUUGGUAGCGGACUCGAAUCGGUCUGCUCACGUCUCUGAUGUCCUGAAUAGGGCUGUUUGUGUGUGUGUUUUUGUGUGGUUGUCUCAGUGGCUGUACUUACCUUCGGUCCGUCGCGUCGUCGUUUCAGUGUUCGCCCUUACUGACCUUGUUGAGGGAUUCGAAGCGUUAAUCCUAGCAAUCGGUUUCACGUUCAGCCCUUCGUUUGGAUAUGAUAUUGGUGAGGAUUCUGACACUCACUCGCUCGAGGUUCUUUGUGUUGUGUUGUGUCGUGGUGUGGUGUACCAGUUGUUUUGUGGGAAAGGGCACGGUACUGUUAUACCGCGUUCCGAUGUGUUACGGGUUGGUUCAGGGCAGGUGAAGAUGAUGAUGAGCUUCGUGGUCGAUGAAUGAUCAAAUCAAAACAUGCGU